UGCUAUAUGCGCGCACUCUGCACGGCAGCAAAAGUGACUAAACAUAUAUAGCAGCUGAGUUUAUGCGAAGCCGUUGUUUACCUAUAUCGUUCGAAGCAAUCAUUAAACAUGGAUCAACCUGAUUUAGAAUCCCAAUUUAUUUUACGCCUUCCUCAUGACCCGGCGCAAGUUUUGCGCGAAGCUAUACGCAACAAUGCGACAAUGAAAGAUCGGUUUAGUGUAAAAAUAGAAGAUGAUAUGAGACAUGGCGAAGUACGAAUUGAUCACUGGCUACUUCCAGCAAAAGUUGUAGAUCUACCUACAGUAGUAGAAUCACUAAAAACAAUUGACUCGAAAGGAUUUUAUAAAACUGCAGAUAUUUGCCAAUUGCUCUUAUGUAGAUAUGAAGAGGAUGCUGUUACUGAUGAGGAAUCCCCACAGAAGGCAAAGAAAAAGGAUUCUAUCAAAGUAGAUAAGAAAUAUUUAUGGCCACAUGGCAUUACACCACCUGUAAAGAAUGCUAGGAAACGGCGAUUUAGAAAAACGUUAAAGAAAAAAUAUGUUGAAGCACCAGAAAUUGAAAAGGAAGUUAAGAGAUUGCUUAGAAUAGAUAAUGAUGCUAUAAGCAUUAAGUGGGAAGUUAUUAAUGAAGAUGAUGAUAACAAAGUGAACAAAGGCACAGUUAUUAAAACUGAACAGCCUGAAAAUAUAUCCAAUAUUGCUGAGCAUGAUAUAUUCGGAGGCGCUGUAAGUGAUUCUGAUGAAGAAGAUGCAACUUUACAUGUGCUUGAUGUGGAUGACAACAGUCAGAAUUCAGACAGCAGAAUGACUGAUUCUAAUUCUGCUUUGAAUAAUUCAAUGGAUAAUAAACUAAUGACUGAAUUUUCUAAUGAAAUGUUUCAAUCUGUGGAUAACUCUUCAAAUAUGAUACAAGACAUGGAUUUUUAUAAUUCAUCAAGUGUUCCAUUUACUUCUAUGGACUUAACCAAAGCUAACAUUGAAAAUCGAUUGGAAGAGAUUCACAAAGAACUGGCAGAACUGAAAUUACGCCGGCAACAGCAAGAGUCUGAGGUUGAAAAUAUUGAGAAUCACGCUCUGCGCCAACGGUUUCAAGAUAUUCUUAUCACUUUAUACCAAGAACAGUUGGAAAAAGAAAGAGAACAACAAGAUUUGCAAGAACUUUUAAAGCAAGUUUAGAAAGCCUAUGAUAUGUACAAUUUAGUAAAUGAUGAUGUGUAUUUGACUAAUUUUUAUUCUAUGAUGAUUUAUAUUUGAUUAAUUUUUAUUCAUUUUAGUUGCUAUUGCAAAAGUAGGUUAGAUUUUAUAUUUUCAUUUAUGGAUAUGUAUACAACUUAUUUGUUUGUUGCUCAAAAUAAAUGCAUCCAAAUUCAA